UUGUUGUGGUGGCCCCACUAUCACUUUCUGAAAACCUAACCUGUGCUCUUGUAAAUAAUGAAAAUAAACGAGAAAAAUUUGUGUACUUAUGCCAUUUCGGCGACCCCCGUCGAUCGGGAAGGUUAUUUAAACAAAAGGGGUGAAGUGAACCGUAAUUUUCAGCGCCGCUAUUUCAUCCUGAAAGGGAACCUUUUAUUUUAUUUUGACAAGAAGGGUGACAAGGAGCCCGUGGGGGUGAUAAUUCUCGAGGGGUGCACGAUUGAACUGGAAGAAGACGAUGAGCAAUUCACGUUCAAAAUCGUGUUUCACGGGGCUAACAAUCGGAGCUACAUCCUGGGGGCGGAGUCCCAGGAGUCAAUGGAGCAGUGGAUGAAAGCCCUCGCGUGUGCUGGAUACGACUACAUGAAGCUGAUGGUGGCGGAAUUGCAGCGUCAGCUGGAUGACAUUGAAGAGACCCCCUUGCCCUUGGCACAAGCGGUGAGUUCGCCGGUGCCCCCGCCGAGGCAGCGACACAAUCCAUUCAAUAAGCCGGAAAGUACCCCCCAUCAGAGGUCGCAUAGUCUGCGCUCGAGUAACAAUUCGGUUCGGUUGGAGGAGUCUCAGGUCGCAGAGACGAUUCCAGCGAGCAAAAUCACUAUUACGUUUCGGGAGUUGCACAAUGCUUACGGAAGGCCGAUUUUGCGGGAUUUCAAUUUCUGGAAAAAUGAGCAAAAACAGAUGUUGGAGAAGUCACAGACUGUUGAUAAUUUGAUAAGUUUUUGAGCGGAUAAAUGAAAGUGAGUGGCUAUACUCAUGGAGCGAUUUAUUAAUAAUACCUAAUUAUAUGUAUAUAAUUAUUUAUAAAGUUAUUAACAUUUUAUGUGUAUUUACUAUUUCAACUAAUGUCAAUAAAAUAUUUACAAAUUUA